ACCCUCGUGCUGCACUUUGGUCGCGCUGCUGUGAUUCUGCGUCCACUGAAGUUAUGGAGGAACUCACAGGAGCUCAGCUUAUUGCUGAAGCACUGAAGGCUCAGAAUGUGGAAUACAUGUUUGGCAUCGUUGGCGUUCCCAUCAUUGAGGUUGCUAUGGCAGCCCAGGCUGCUGGCAUCAAGUAUGUGGGCAUGCGCAAUGAACAAGCGGCCUGCUAUGCUGCUUCCGCAAUCGGAUAUUUAACAGGACGUCCAGCAGUGUGUCUCGUGGUGUCUGGACCUGGACUGAUCCAUGCACUUGGUGGAAUGGCCAAUGCUAACAUAAACUGCUGGCCUGUGAUAGUCAUUGGAGGCUCCUCAGAUCAGAAUCAGGAAACAACAGGAGCAUUUCAAGAAUUUCCACAGGUAGAAGCCUGUCGCCUUUACAGCAAGUUUUCUGCUCGACCAGGGAGCCUGGUUAUGAUACCAGCAGUAGUUGAAAAGGCAGUAAGGAGCAGUAUUUACGGUCGUCCAGGAGCAUGCUACAUAGACAUCCCUGGUAACAUGGUGAAUGCAAGAGUGGACCGGAAAACUGUCAGGUUUCCAUCAUGUUGUCCUCCUCCUCCAGUGAGCCUGGCCAGUGAUCGUGCGAUCUCCAAAGCAGUUACGGUGCUCAAACAGGCCAAGAGACCACUGCUAAUAAUUGGGAAAGGCGCAGCAUACGGCCGGGCGGAAAAUGAAAUUAAAGAGCUAGUGGAGUUAAGUGGGUUGCCCUUCCUGCCUACUCCGAUGGGAAAAGGAGUACUUCCUGAUGACCAUCCCAACUGUGUGGCUGCUGCCCGCUCCAGAGCUCUGCUUCAGGCAGAUGUGGUAGUGCUGCUGGGUGCCAGACUGAACUGGAUCCUGCACUUCGGCUUCCCUCCGAGAUUUAGCCCUGAUGUGAAACUUAUUCAGGUGGAUAUAUGUGCAGAGGAGCUAAGUAAUAACGUGAGCGCUACAGUAGGACUGCUGGGAGAUGUCAGGGCUGUAGUCAGCCAGCUGGUAGGAGCCUUAAGAUCACAAACGUGGACAUAUCCAGGAGACACCGAGUGGUGGUCAAACUUGAAAGAAAAAAUGGCAUCUAAUGCUAAGAUAACGAAGGCUCUUUCUCUUCAAAACACUCUGCCCAUGAACUACUACAUUGCGUUCCACCACAUUGCUGAAUUCCUACCCAAAGACUGCGUCAUUGUCAGUGAAGGAGCCAACACUAUGGACAUUGGUCGCACCAUGCUGCUCAACUACUUCCCCAGACAUAGGCUCGAUGCAGGGACAUUCGGCACCAUGGGAGUGGGACCUGGUUUCGCCAUUGCAGCAGCAGUGCUAGAGCAGGCGCAGCACACGGGCAGAAGAGUGGUGUGUGUAGAGGGAGACAGUGCAUUUGGCUUCUCAGCCAUGGAGGUAGAGACCAUGUGCAGGUACAAGCUGCCAGUCAUCAUCAUUGUCAUCAACAACAAUGGCAUAUAUAGUGGUGUAAAUACAGAGACAUGGAGGGAAAUGGAGAAGAUGGGAGACAUGACGACCAUAGCCCCUCCAGUGUCCCUCCUUCCUGAGGCACAUUAUGAGCAGGUAAUGAGUGCGUUCGGGGGUCGCGGCUACCUGGUCAGGACAGUAGAGGAACUACGCACAGCCCUGCAGCAGAGCUUAAGUGAUGCGGCCACCCCAAGCUUAAUUAACGUGCUGAUAGACCCAACCUCGGACCGAAAGCAACAGGAGUUUCCCUGGCUGACUCGCUCCAACCUGUAGGAGAGGAAGAAGAGGAUUUCAGCUGGAAUCUCUUCAACCUGUUUUCUAUGAGACAAUAGCUGGCUCUCUCCUGACUAAUGGCUAAUGACAGAUAAAGGCAAAUGCCUUGCAGUGAUCUUUUAUGAUGAUGAUAAUGAAAAUCACAAAAUGUAUUCUAAUGUCCAGUAGCAGUGUUGGAUGCUGAUUCAACAGUGCUCCUCUAAAUGCAGACAGCAGAACGAUCCAAUGCUGCACCUUCUGUUUUCCUAUGCAGGGUUUAUGGACAGUUUCCUGAUACUUUCCAGACAACAUGUAUCACCAGAUAUUUCCUAAUAUAUCUUUUUUUUCAUUCACAAGUCUGACCUGUGA